AGAACUCACCUCGGAAUAGUCUAUUUAAGCCUUGCCAAAUGCCCUCUCUUCCUAAUUCAAAGAAAAAUCAAAAUCGGUCUACCUUUUCUGAUCACAAAGUUGGCAGAGACGAAAUUAGGAUGGCGUGUGAUUUGAAGACGUGGGUUGGAGAGAAAUUGAGGUCCCUAGGGUACAAUUCAACGACGAUAGAACUGGAUAUCGCUCAUAUUAUUAGUGCAUCUAAGAGAUGUUCAUCACCAGAGGAUCUCGCAAAUCAGUUUGUUGAUACAGGAAUGUUUUCAUCCUGUGAUGAAACUCGCGUAAGCCAGUUUGCUCAAGAAAUUUUUGCCAGGGUUGAUCGCAAAAAUAGGACAAAUGUGUAUGUUCAACGAGAAAGAGAGGCCGCAUUGUUGGCCAAGAAGCAGAAGACCUACACGCUUUUGGAGGCCGAUGAAGACGACAACAAUGUUCAAAGACGGGCGGUUAAGAGACGUACUGAAGAAGAAAAGGCUAUGAUUGAAAAUUUGAGGAAAAAAUCUAGACAAGAGUAUUUGAAGAAACGGGAGCAGAAGAAGGUAGAGGAAAUCAAAUGUGAUAUCGAAGAAGAGGGACACUUAUUUGAGGUGGACAAAUUGACUGAAUCAGAACAACGGGAAUUAAGGUACAAGAAGGAAAUUGUUGACCUAGUUACUAAAAAGCAGUGGUCAGAAGAAGAGGCGGAUGUGUAUAGGAUUCCUGAAGAGUAUGAUAAUUUUGAAGGUGGUAGUGUUAAUCAGAAAAAGAGAUUUUCUGUGACUACGCAACGUUACAAGGACGAACGGGAGAUUCAUCCACAACAAGCAUGGGAGCAAAAUCAGCUUGACAAUGCAACACUUCAUUUUGGAUCAAAAGACAGAAAGACAACAGAUUAUCAAUUUGUGUUUGAAAACCAAAUUGAUUUCUUAAAGGCAGCUGUGAUGGAUAGUGAUGGUGUUAGUGUUAAUGUUGAUAAGCAGCAGCCUACCAGUGAGUCGUCAGUAAAAAAAUCUAAACUUAACGAGGAUAGGAAGGACCUACCAAUUUAUCCCUAUAAGGAUGCUUUGCUCCAAGCUGUUCAGGAUCAUCAGGUUCUUAUUAUAGUUGGAGAAACAGGUUCUGGGAAGACAACUCAAAUACCUCAAUAUCUGCACGAGGCGGGUUAUACUAAGAACGGUGGGAAGAUUGGUUGUACUCAACCUCGUCGAGUUGCUGCAAUGAGGGUUGCUGCACGAGUUUCUCAUGAGAUGAGAGUUAAACUCGGGCACCAAGUUGGUUAUUCCAUCCGUUUUGAAGACUGUACUUCUGAAAAAACUGUUCUGAAGUACAUGACUGAUGGAAUGCUGCUAAGGGAGUUUCUUAGAGAGCCUGAUUUGGCGAGCUAUAGUGUCAUCAUGGUGGACGAGGCUCACGAAAGAACUUUGUCAACUGAUGUUCUAUUUGGCUUGGUUAAGGAUGUUGCUCGUGCUCGCCCUGAUCUCAAAUUGCUUAUUUCUAGUGCCACUCUGGAUGCAGAAAAGUUCAGCGAUUAUUUUGAUUGCGCUCCGAUUUUUAAAAUACCUGGAAGGCGGUUUCCUAUUGACAUACAUCAUACAAAAGCACCAAUAGCAGAUUACGUGGAUGCAGCAGUAGUUACUGCCCUUCAAAUCCAUGCAACUCAACCACAGGGUGAUGGUGAUAUAUUAAUUUUUUUGACGGGGCAGGAGGAGAUUGAAACAGCCGAGAGUAUCAUUAAGCACCGGAUAAAGGGUUUGGGAACAAAAAUAGCAGAGCUGAUAACUUGCCCAAUAUAUGCAAACUUACCAACUGAACUACAAGCCAAGAUAUUUGAGCCCACUCCUGAAGGGGCUCGUAAGGUUGUCCUGGCUACAAAUAUAGCCGAGACAUCUUUGACAAUUGAUGGGAUUAAGUAUGUUAUUGAUACAGGGUUUUGUAAGAUCAUGUGUUACAACCCUCGGACAGGAACCGAGUCAUUGCUGGUCGCUCCCAUCUCGAAGGCGUCUGCCAAUCAACGUGCUGGUCGCUCAGGACGAACAGGUCCUGGGAAGUGCUUCCGGUUAUACACUGCACAUAGCUACAUGAACGAUUUGGAAGAUAACACAAUUCCAGAAAUACAAAGGACCAACCUUGCAAAUGUCGUGCUCUUACUCAAGAGCCUUGGGAUUAAAGACUUGCUGAACUUUGACUUCAUGGAUCGUCCACCAACUGAAGCUCUACUUAAAGCCCUGGAGCUGUUGUUUGCGCUUGGUGCCCUUGAUGAGGAUGGUAAGUUAACCAAAGUGGGUGAAAAAAUGGCUGAGUUUCCUCUGGAUCCCAUGCUAUCCAAGAUGAUUGUUGCCUCUGACAAGUACAAGUGCUCUGCUGAGAUAAUAAGUAUUGCUGCAAUGCUUUCUGUGGGGAAUUCAGUCUUCUAUCGUCCAAAGGACAGACAAGACCAAGCUGACAACGCAUGGAUGAACUUUCACAUAGGCAAUGUGGGAGAUCAUAUUGCUCUGCUUAAGGUUUACAAUUCCUGGAAAGAUACAAACUUUUCAACUCAAUGGUGCUACGAGAAUUAUAUCCAGGUCAGAAGCAUGAAAAUAGCUAGAGAUAUCCGAGAUCAGUUAGAAGGCCUGCUGGAAAGGCUUGGAAUUGAGUUGAAUUCAAGUGUUAAUGACUUGGAAGCAGUUAAGAAAUCUAUAAUAUCAGGAUUCUUUCCCCACGCAGCAAGACUACAGAAGAAUGGAUCCUAUCGAACUGUUAAGCAUCCCCAGACAGGUCAUAUUCACCCCAGCUCAGGUUUAUCACAGGUGCUUCCUAGAUGGGUUGUCUACCAUGAGCUGGUCCUGACAACUAAGGAGUACAUGCGGCAGGUUACUGAAUUGAAACCAGAAUGGCUAGUAGAGGUAGCUCCCCACUACUAUCAGUUGAAAGACGUUGAAGAUUCUAGCUCAAAGAAAAUGCCUCGUGGAAUUGGCCUUGCAUCUUUUAAAUAGGUCUGCAUUUUUAUUGCAUCUGUUGCUAAUUUAGUUGAUAUCCAGACUAUACAUAUAUAGCCUUCAUAUAAUACCCUAUUUAGAAGAUAACAGCUUCUUAAAUCUUUUAUAAAGCUACGUUACUGUGUUCAUAUCUGAUGGAUUAUUGUAUUUGCUAUGUCCUUAAAUUUUCAGUCUUCUGAUGCUAAAACAUUUUUCUUUUUUCCUUUGUGUAUGUCAUAUGAUUAUUCUUUUGGACAAUUUUUUGAGGAUGCAAGGCAAAUUACCGGAGAUAUCCUUGGUAGGGACUGUGUUCCAAAAGUUGCAGGUGGUACUGGAAUAUCAGAGAAUGGCUCGAACUUCACAGUCAAAUAAGCUGGAGUUCCAUUUCUGUCCAGAAGAUCCUUAACCAAACCCUGCUUUUGAGGAACUUAAGGAUGGAAAUUCCUUGUUAAAAGUCAAGAAUAAAACGAAGGAUGUCCAAGAUGCUGGUAGUAGCUGUGGAAUAGCAGUACAGGAGGUCCUGUUAAUCACGAACAAGGAAAACUCUUUCUUUGAACAUUCAGUAGCUGCAAGAAGAUAAGUUGGUCUAGUAUAUAUCUGUUGAUGCUACUAAAGAAAUUGAAGUGCAAACUACUUUUCUUGUCAAAUCUUGAAGUGCACAAUACUACUAAAUUGCAGGAACAUCUCUCGGCUUAUCAACAAACUAAUUUUCCUUUUGCAUGCACAGUAAUUGCGACUUCCAAAGUAAUAAGCAUGUCCUUGCCAUUCAUGCCGGUGUUGCACGAAGAAAAAGGAGAAACUACACGGAGGUGGAACCUAAAGUUUGCAGCUAUUCUUUCAUUUUCACUGCAAUUUUAAAACGUGGGAAAUGAUCUGUUUGUUAUACCUAAUUUCUUGAGUUUAUUGCUUGUAGAGAGGGCAGAUCUUAUGGAUGUUGAUUAAAGGAAUUGAUGAGUUUAGUAGUACCUCUGUUCUUCGUAAAAGAUAUGCACGAGAAUAUUUUAUGCUUUUGCAAUUUCAGUUUUCCACUUUCAGACAUCGCAAUGCAUGUUUGUUGUUUACCUAUGAACAUUGCAACCAUCGUGUCAACCUCUCGUCUUUGUCUCUCUUUCUGAGUUGCUCUUACUGGAUAGAUUGUUGCAUUUUCUUAUCUUCCUCCUCUGUCUUGUUGUCUCCUUUUGUAUGUGGACUCAGGUACGAAUAAUUUACGUUCAAUUUUUAGCAUGCUUUUUGGUGUAUUUUGAGGAUUCACACAAAUAACCCAUAACCAACUGAUCGACACUGGUGUUUCAAGGCAAAUGAAGAGUCCAUGAAGCAUAAAACUAUUGUUUAUUUGAUUCUGCUCAUUUUCCUUAUCUAACUUUAAAGCAUUCUCUCCAAUAGAGGUCGUAUUUUUCUCUGUAAUUACCGGCACAUGUUGCUGGCUGUACUAAAAGAAACAUCACCUGACCUUAGUUAUCAAAAAGAUACUCUUCAUGAGAGGUUUACUGGAAUGUUUCAGACAUCUUGUACUUUCAGAUUAAAAGCAUAAUAAAAGUGUGAUCUCAAGAAAGAAGCAAGGGGGACUCGUCGGACAAAAUUGAGAGGUAAUUUUUUCUUCUUGUAAGGAAGAAGUCUCUCAUAUGAAUUCUUUUUUUUUCUUUUAAUUUCAGUGAGUACUUUUUUGCUUUUUCACAUUCCUUGAUCAAGGAAAGUGUAUCAUGUUUCCAUGUGCGAGUACCUCCAGACCCUGGAGUAUGAUUUUUCAUUCUUCAAUCUAGCAGAGGUAUAUAUAAUUCUUCAUUUUAGCCAUGAAAGUUGCGGGCCGGUAGUGGAUUAUAGUUACAGUGCAUGUUUAGAGUGAGGACAUGCACACUUGGAAGCUUUAGGUUAAAUUAAGGAUACAUUCAAACAUACGCUAAAAAUGUUGUGGUUGCUACAUGGUUAACUAGAAUACUGAUUGUGUAAAACUUAGUAUUGGGAGAGAGCAUAAAUAAGUUAAUGUGAAUAAGCAAUGCUGAAUGCUCUAUCUGGCUACACUGCUGCUCCUUCCAUUAUUAACAAGCCUUCAUUCUUGAAGAAUGUUUCAGUCGAAAGUUUUAGGUUAUUAUCAUGUUAUGUUACCUAGGUAGAAUAUUUUCCACGCCUUCCUCUCUUUCUUAAUCUUUUCUUAUAUUACAUUGACAAAUUUGGUAGGAUUGGAUGAAAUCAUUUGAUCUUUUCUUUGUUUUAUAUUUUCAUAGUCUUUGAUAUAAUCUAAUGAUACAGCUAUCAGAUAAUCUUCGCUGCUAAUUUUUGAAGACCAGGAGAAACAUUUCCCACUUUUCUUAUGAACUACGAGUUGUUAAAGUAAAUAUCAGUGACAUUCUGAGGUUGGGUUGUGAAUCAUCUUAUAAGAGUUAUAUCUUGUUCUUUUUCUUACGAUGGUUGCAUGCCACUGGAAUAAAUGGAAUUCUAUCUGAAGCAUGGUGGCUUCUUGAUUUGGUUCUUUUGCCAAACUUGAUUUUGCAAAUCGAGCUAUUUGCCACGACAAGUAUACUUGCAUCCCUAUAAUUUGAACAAAACCCAAAAGUCUGCUUCCAGCUUGUGUUUGCUCAAAAUCUUUCAGCAAUGGUAUAUAAGGUGUAUGGAAGUUGGAUCUCUAGUUUCUGGCGGAUUAUGAUGAAAAAAGAAGUGGUCAGCAUAGAGUUCGUGAACUGUUGUUGAUUGAAUCUUAAGCAUGCCCCCACCCUCUCUCCAAACACUGUUGGGAACAGGUUCUUUAUUUAGAGUCUUGUCCUAUAUUCAUAAAUUACUUGACUGAUUCUUAUAUUGAUGUGCAGAAAUUUUUUCGAAAAGGCAGAUGAUAUGAUUGGAAAAUGAACAAAUUUAUCUGUGGAUUU